CCCUCAACCAUUCGCCUGCGCCUGCGCUCCUCCCGCGGAGGUCGCAAGUAGCUGAAGGGGCCGCAUUGUUGGUGUGACUUCGGCUGUCCAGCUCCGUUCGUCGUUCGUGGGCGGCGAUGAACGUCUUCCGGCGGGUUUUUGCCGGUGGCCUUCCUCGCUUUUGGCAGCCGCCCCCGCUUUCCGCGCCUGCUUGCGGGAAAAGAAUCGUCGCGCUGCUUGGCCGCACCUCGGCGGGCGGCCCCCCUCACUUCCCACUCGGGAAGGAACCCCGUGAACGCUGGGGAAGGGCGGCGGUGUCGGUGUCGCCCGAGUUGAUGGAGCAGGAGGAGUUCGUCUUCCCCGAAUACGUCCCUGAGGAGCUGCCCUUCGACGAGGAGAAGCGGUUGGUGGAGGCAGCGGUGGUGCAGGAGCUGGAGCAGGAGCAGCAACAGAGGCGGCGGCAGCAGCAGCAGCGGGCUGAAAGAGAGAAGCAGCCGGAGCAGCGUCGAGAAGGACUCCAGAAGGCGGCACGGACUCACGAAGCGGCGGGGCGGCCGGACGCUUCGGUGCGGUCGAGCGGAGUGAGCUGCUCGGGAUGCGGCGCGGAGCUCCACUGCCGGGAUCCGGCCGUGCCGGGAUAUCUGCCCAGCGAGAAAUACCUGAGCCUGCUGGGGCCUCAAGCGCUCCUGCAGCGGAAGGAAGAUGAAGGAGAACCGAAGGAGGGGGCGAAGGCCUGGGAGGACCCCGUCAGGAAGGCGCUGGAGGGAACGGUGUGCCAGCGCUGCUGGCUUCUGGUGCACCACCACCAAGCCCUCAAGGUGGAAAUGACUCGGGAGGCAUAUUACAAGCUGGUGAGCGCCGCCUUAAAACGGCCGCCCCGUCAUGGACGCUCACACCUUGUGCUCUGCAUGGUAGAUAUGCUGGAUCUGCCGGACUCCAUUCUUACUGACCUCUCCGAGUUGGUGGGGACCGAUGCCCACGUAUUUGUCCUAGGCAACAAGGUGGAUGUUCUGCCUGCUGACUCGCCACAAUACCUGAAGCACCUCCAGAAGGUGCUGUUGAAGAAUUGUGUGGAUGCUGGCCUUGUGGAUUUGAGCCAGCCUUCGGGAACCCCAAACCAGCGUAUAAUUGAUGUGCACCUCAUCAGUGCCAAGACAGGCUAUGGAAUAGAAGCCCUGAUCUCCAAGUUGCAGCAGUCUUGGAAACUAAAUGGGGAUGUGUACCUUGUAGGAGCAGCCAACAGUGGAAAGUCUACUCUCUUUAAUACUCUCUUGCAUUCUGACUAUUGCAAAUCCAAUGCUUCUGAGGUGAUCCACAGAGCAACCAUCUCACCUUUCCCUGGCACUACAUUGAACCUCCUGAAAUUUCCAAUUAUUAAUCCUACACCUUACAGAGUACUCAGGAGGCAAGAAAGGCUAAAGGAAGAUUCAGAGAAAAGUGAAGAAGACCUUAGUAUAAAUGAACAAAAGCAGCUGAAUAUUCUCAAAAAACAAGGAUACUUAAUAGGAAGAAUUGGAAGAACCUUUAAACAACCAGGAAAAAAUAAGAAAAAUAUUGAAAUUGAUUUUGAUGUUGAGGCAUUGUCUACUAGCAUGGAGGAAGAACCCUCCUUUGAGCUUCCACUCAAAGCUAAUACCACAAAAAUUGAAUUGACAUACAAUGAAGUGAAAGAUUGUCGUUGGUUUCACGAUACACCAGGGAUUAUAAAAGAUGAAUGCGUUUUAAAUCUCCUAACAGAAAAAGAAAUAAAAUGUGUUUUGCCGACCUUUGCCAUUGUUCCGAGAACAUUUAUACUUAGACCUGGAAUGACACUAUUUUUGGGUGCAUUGGGACGUAUAGAUUAUUUACAGGGGAAUCAGUCCUCCUGGUUUUCUGUUGUGGCGUCUAAUUUGUUGCCAGUACAUAUUAUCUCCACAGAAAAAGCAGAUGCUUGCUAUCAAAAGCAUGCAGGUCAAACACUACUAAAGGUUCCAAUGGGAGGUGAAGAACGAAUGAAAGAAUUUCCACCACUUGUUCCUCAGGAAGUGAUGCUGAAAGGAAUUGGGGCAGAUGAAGCAAUAGCUGAUAUAAAGCUCUCAUCUGUUGGUUGGGUUGCAGUUACAGCUCCUUCAAAUAACAAAAUGCAAUUAAGAUGCUAUACUCCUGAAGGAACACUGGUAACUAUACGUCAACCACCUCUGCUGCCAUACAUUGUUCAUUUGAAAGGGGAACGUGUGAAAGGAAGUUCAGCCUAUAGAACUAAAAGACCACCUUCCUUCGUGCAAAAUUUAAAAUCUAAUAUAAAUGAGAAAAAUAUAAAAUAUAAGGUUUUAUAAACAAUGGAAUCACCAAUGUAAUUUUUUUAAUCCCAAAACAGCAAAUAGUUAUUUGUUUAAAAGUAAAGACAUUAGUUUUCUUAUUGUUAUUUUGUUUUGAUAAAUUGUCACUGCACAUUAAAGGUCAUAUUUACUUGCAA